GUGCGGUUUGCAGAUGCGCGAUGGCCUCAACGAGCUGACGUCGGCAUCCAGUUUCUUCGAUGGAAGACAGCCAGCAGCAGACACUGUGCUAUCGGCAGGCCGCCGUGGCGCAUCCAGACCCACUAGAUCCUAUGGACAUCCCCUCGCUUAUCGAGCGCGGCUAUCGGGCUGAAGAUGUCCCCUCUCCGACGGUCCCUGACGACGACUCCCAGACAAGCCGCACCCGGCCGCGAAGGUGCACCAGCAGCAGCGGCAAUGGCGGCGUUCCUCGGAAUUCCAUCCGCAUUGAUCUCACCACCGACGACGAUGACGAGCCUGCGCCCGCCGCUGCUGCUGCCGGUGCAGCACAGCCAGCAGCUGCGCAUGAGUUGCGUGCGCCAGCAGCGGCAUCAGCAGCAUUGAGCCGGGAUGGAAUGUCAGCGAGCCAUCAUGCUGCAGCUGCAGAGAGCCCGGAUGCGAGGCGGCAAGAGGACGAAAGCCAGGACGAGUCACAGAGGACGUUGGACUCCCUCGAGCUACUCGACCUGCUGCACAAGGUCAAGCGGCGAAGGCCUGAUAGACUGCCGGCGACCAACCCACAACCACAACCACAGACAGCAGCGGCAGGAGGUGACAACGAGGCCCCGUGCGAGCAGCAGCAGUCCGCACCAGCACAUCAACCAGCCGCCCCUCCCCGCCCCCCCAGUGGUGCCGCCGAGAGUGUCGAUGAUAGCAUGGGCUUCUCCUCGGUCUUCUCCUGUCACGUGGCCGCCCCGCCACCACGAGUCGAGUCAUACCGUGAGCAAGACUCUGCUCAUAAAGACGCGCAGCCAAGUGGUGCUCCGAUGGGUGCUGACCAAGAGCAACAGAAGAUCGGCUCAGAGGGGGAUAAUGUGUCGAUGGAAGAGGGAGAGGGAGAGGAAGAGCCGGCGUGUCUGCGUCCCCGCGCUCUGGCGAGAUGGGUGGAUGUUCUGUAUAUGGGAGGCUUGGCUGACAUUGACUCACGGAUGCUGGCGGAGAUCCCUAGAGGUGCGGCUGCCCCACGAGCACCGCCCACGCCGAUCGAGGAGGAUGGGUGUGACAGCCCUGCUUGCCCACCCACUGUGCCAGAUAUGGACGGCUGAUGCACAUGCGGGGGAGGGGGAGGGUGGGGGGAGGGGGGAGGGGAACGGACGGAUGGAGGGAUGGAUCAGAGUAUUUGUUCGUGUGUGUAUAGCUCGUUGAUGUGGUAGCGUGACUCUCUGCUUGUGCAUGUGCGGUGGAUGGGUGGAUCCAUGAUGUGUAUUUGCAUUUGUGCUGACGACUAGUUCCAUGGAUGGGCGCUAAAUCGUGUGCUGAAUUUGUUG